CCUGGCAGCGCCCGUACCUGAACAUCUUCAAGCACUUCCGCGUGGAGGAGUGGAAGCGAUCUGCCAGGGAGGGGGAUGUGGCCGCCCUCACGCUCUGUGUGUCUCUCUCUUCUCAGGAGAAUCAGGUGGUCCGCAUCUCUUUCUCCAACCUCUUUAAGGAGUUCAAAUCCACAGCCACCUGGCUGCAGUUCCCCUUUGUCUGCGGGGCAGCCGAGGGCUCGGCGUACGACCGCGCGGCCAGGCCGUCCAGGCGCGAUCUCGCAGGAGCAGCCCCUGCCAACACGCGCUGGACCUGCCUGGUGCUCGACCUCCACUCCAUCCUCUCCCUCUACCUCAACCGCCGGUACGGCCACCUGAAGGGCGUCAAGCUCUGCUCCAACCUGCUGGUGAAAAACCUCUGCACAAGCGACUUGCUCUUCGACCCAGGUGUGACCUUCUCCGAGGCCCGGCAAGCCGACCUCGCCUGCCGUGGGGUUGCUCCCAUGCCGCGGGAAAUGGCUUUCCCUGUGCCGAAGGGAGAGAAGUGGCACGACCUCUAUGACUACAUCAGGUUCCCACCUGAGGGGUCCAAGGUGCCGUACGACUCCAUCCAGAAGAGCUGUCCUGGUGGCCAAGUCUCAGAGGACCCUGUCUGCCAGCUGCCCCAGCCGGUGACGCUCACCAAAGCGGUCCGUGACAGACUGUCCCUCGUCCAUCAGAUAACCAGUCCCAAAGCUAUGCCACGCCGGUGUCCUGUAAUUACAAAAAACAUCCCUGAGGUUCUCCUGACAGCCCCAGGGCCUCCGAGAGCCGUGCCUGCUGGGGUUCAGGAGCUAGAGCAGAACCAGAGACUGCAGAGUGUGGGGGUCAUGGGGCAGUCGCCGGCAGUCAGGGAUGGUGGCAUCCACGUGUACGCUCACCAGAGGAGCAAACGAACCAGCCGAGCCCUCCACACCGGCUCAGAGGAGAGGCUCUUGCCGGAUCCCAUCCUGAAGCUGAGAAUGAUUAUUGGCUUUGGAGGCUGCAGCACCAAAUGGGCGCUGUGGACUCAGAACAACACCGCGGUGGUUUACCCCUGCCACGCUGUUAUAGUGACCCUGCAGAUCCAGACCGGAGAGCAGAGGUUCUUCCUUGGACACACAGAUAAGGUGUCGGCACUGGCCUUCAACGGGACCAGCACCCUGCUGGCUUCCGCGCAGGCCGGUCCCCUGAGCGUGGUGCGCCUCUGGGACUUCCCGACGGGCAGCUGCCUCUCCGUGUUCAAAACCCACGUCCGCUCCCUCUUGUCCCUGAGCUUUUCCUACAGCGGGGCCGUCCUGUGCGGUGUCGGAAAGGACAGGCACGGCAAAACGAUGGUGGUGGUGUGGAACGCUGCUCAGGUGAACCACGGCAGAGAGGUGGUUGUGCUCGCCAAAGCGCACACGGAUGUGGACAUCCAGGCCUUGAAGAUUGCUUUUUUUGAUGAUACCAGGAUGGUGUCGUGUGGCCGGGACAACAUCCGUCUGUGGCGAGUGCGGAGCGGAGCGUUGCGCUCAUGUCCCGUCAAUCUGGGCGAGUACCAUUCCCUGGAGUUCACCGACCUGGCCUUCGAGGAGGGGCACAUGGCCGACCGGGAGCCAGUGGACUGCACGCUCUUUGUCUGCAGCAAGAGCGGCCACGUCUUGGAGGUGGACUACAAGAACGUCUGCAUGAGGAGCGCGCGGCGGCUCCUGCCCGCGCACCGGUGGCAGGACGAGGCAGGCAGUGGCGCAGUGUUGUCUUUUGGGUUUUCAGGCCCUGGGAUUGCUAUAAAUAGUAUCAGCAUCUCCUCAACCUUCUGUGCCACGGGUUCAGAAGACGGCUACAUGCGGCUGUGGCCACUGGACUUCUCAGCUGUGGUCUUAGAGGCAGAGCACGAGGCUCCAGUGAGUUCUGUCUGCAUCAGCCCGGACAGCCGCAAAGUCUUGUGCACGACAGCCACUGGGAAUCUGGGCUACUUGGAUAUCCAGUCCCGGGACUAUAACACCCUCAUGCGCUCUCACGAGGACUCUGUUUUGGCCUUCUCGGUGGAGGGGAUUUGGAAGCAGAUGGCGACGGUGUCUCAGGACAAUACCAUCCGAGUCUGGGACCUUGUCUCCAUGCAGCAGCUGUACGACUUCACCGCUGCAGAGGAAAUGCCGUGUGCUGUGGCCUUUCACCCUACCCAGCAGAUCCUGGCCUGUGGCUUCGACAGCGGCAUGGUGCGGACCUUCAGCUUGGCCGCCUCCGAUCUCCUGGUAGAGCACAAGCAACACCGCACUGCGAUCACUGGACUGACCUUCUCUCCAGAUGGCAACUGCAUGUUCAGCUCCUGUUUGCAGGGAACUCUGGCUCUGUACAGCUGUAUGGCAGAGAAAAGCCACAUCCUGAGGGUCCUGGGCAAUGUGGUGGCCCGGGAUGCUGGAAGCAGUCCAGAUGCUUUGGUGGUCAGUGGGGACAGCCGUCUCUUGGCCUUCGUGGGUCCCUCCAAGUAUGUUGUGACCGUGAUGGAGGCCUGCUCUCUAGAUGAGCUGCUGAGGGUGGACAUCAGCGUCCUCGAUUUGAACAGCACGGCCUUGGACUCUGCAAUGAGAGUCUGCUUUUCUCCUGUGCCUCAAGGCCAGCUCCUGGUGUCCACUUCUUCCAAUAAAAUCCUUGUGCUGGAUGCAAAAACGGGACGACUGGUGCGAGAGGUGUCCCACGUGCACAAGCUGUCAUGUUCUUCCUUGGCACUGAGCAAGGAUGGCAGGUACCUGCUCACUGCUGGCGACAAAGUGGUCAAAGUGUGGGACUAUCAGAUGCGCUUCGAUAUCAACUUCCAGGUGUACAUCGGCCACUCGGAGCCAGUGCGCCAGGUGGCCUUCACCCCAGACCAACGGCACGUCAUCAGCGUUGGCGAUGCCAUCUUCCUGUGGGAUUUCCUGGCUCUGCCUGCGGAGACGUCAUCCCCAGCCAGGGCUCAUUCCCCUGAAUCCGCCCUGCUGCCAGGAGCAGAACCCAGAAAGGAGACCAAAAGCCCCAAGUCCCGAUGCUCCGUCCGCCCAGAUUCCUACCGGCAUUUCACUCCUCGCUUUAAGGCAUCGGUGCUGCCCCAGAGUUUCUCAUCUCCUCCAGCUGGCAGUGAGGUCUUGAAGCUGAAAGCAGUGGUCGGCUACAAUGGGAACGGCAGAGGGAAUAUGGUGUGGAACCCAGACACAGGCUUCUUCGCCUACACCUCUGGCUGUGUCAUUGUGGUUGAAGACCUGCACUCGGGAUCGCAGAAUCACUGGCUUGGCCACGCAGAGGAGAUCUCUACGCUCGCCAUCAGCCACGAUGCCCAGGUUCUUGCCUCUGCCUCAGGAAAGAGGAACGGAGACUCCCAGUGUCAGAUCUGCAUCUGGAACGUCCAGGAUGGGGUUUGCACAGCAAGUCUCUUCCAUCACGAGACACAAGUACAAGCCAUGGCAUUCUCUCGGGAUGAUAGAUUCCUCGUUACCCUCGGGGACUACAGUGAUCAAACCAUUGCUUUGUGGAGCACCUACACUUAUGAACUCAUGUUCUCGACGUGUAUCUCGGAGCCAGUCCACGAUGUGGCUUUUAGUCCUGUUUCUCACAGAGAACUGGCCUGUGUGGGGAAGGGAACCGUGAUGUUUUGGCUGUUGGAGCAGCAAGGAGCUGAUGUCAACCUCAAGGUUCAUCGAGCCCCUGUCCCGGAUGUGUUAGGGCUGGUGGAGCUGACCUCUCUCUGUUAUGGUGCUGACACUCUUCUUUAUAGUGGGACCAACUCAGGCCAGAUCUGCGUGUGGGACACUGAGACUAAUUGCUGUUUCAUGACGUGGGAGGCUGACGAGGGCGAGAUUGGUGUGCUGGUGUGUCGGCGCAACAGGCUGCUGAGCGGCAGCAACAUGAAACGCAUCCGCCUGUGGGCAGUGGCCGCCGUGCAGGAGCUGAGGCUGAAAGGUCCCGCUGCCAGGUCUAGCUCGGUCCUGCUAGAGCAUGAGAUGGCCCUCGACGGGACAAUAGUCAGCGCAGCCUUUGAUGACUCUCUAGAAAUGGGAAUUGUGGGCACCACGGCAGGAACGCUGUGGUAUGUCAACUGGACGGAGAGCACAAGCAUCCGGCUGAUCAGCGGCCACAAGAACAAG